UCAGCAACCCCCUCUCCCUCUCUUCAAAUCCCCAAUCCCUCUUCCUCUUCGAUUCCAUCGCCACCUCCCCCUCCGACUCCCUCGCCUUCCUCCGCCACAUCACCCAAACCCUCCCCUCCUUCUCCCCUGACCGCUCCACCUUCCACAUCCUCCUCUCCCACCAAUCCCACUCCCAAUCCCUCUCCCCCAUCCACCAAACCCUAAACCUCAUGCUUUCCUCCGGCCUCGCCCCUGACACCGCCACCGCCGACAUCACCGUUCGAGGACAGGUUCAUCCCUAAUAGGUCUGCGAUGGACUUCGAUUACGCUCACUACAUGCUGACGAAGGGUAACAAGAGGGGAAAGGAGAAAGAAAACCCCGAGGUGACGUCACCGUCGCGAGAACGCUGCUUGAAGCAACUGGCUGAGGCUUUCAACAUGAACAGAACUCGAAUCUUGGCCUUCAAGAACAAACCCCUGACUCCGGUUGAACUCAUUCCCAACUUCAUCCUUUCGCCUCCUCCUCCUUCCAAAUCCUCUAAGCCCAGGCGUUACAUUCCU